CGCGAAACCAGCACCAAAAAAAUUCGAUUCGAAUGAAAAACGCGCAAACCCACACACCAGCCAGCCCAGCUCAACGUCAGUCAGUCAGGCAAGCAAGACUCAAGGACGACGAAAGAAGAAGGGAGAGAAGAGAAGAGGGUGUGGCCGUGGAGCUACGCACAUCAGUUUGUUGUUUAUCGUUGUGCGUGUUCGGGUGCAGGUGUGGGUGCUUGCUUGCUUGCUUGCGCGCUCGCUCGAUCAUCCUGACGACCCAGCCAGCCAGCCAGCCAGCCAGCCAGCAAGUUGGCGACAGCUGCUGCCCUUCGACACAGGCUACAGCUUCAGCAAGCAACAGCAGUGACAUCCACCGUCGCUGGCGCGCUUUGUUUGACCCCUGCGCGUGGCGUGCCCUAUUUUGGCUGUGACGCACGGGAUCAGCGCAAGCUGUCAUCAUGGCGUUUGCAUUGAUCAAGAAGAUGAAGCAGCCGGUCGGUGUGGGCGACAUGGUGCUGCUGGAUGAGGUGGACGAGGAUCACAUCGUCAAGAACUUGACAGAGCGUGUCCUCAAGGAUGAGAUCUAUACGUACAUUGGCAACGUGGUGAUCAGCGUGAACCCGUACAAGCACCUGGACAUUUACGACACAGAGUUUCUGCUCGAGUACGCUGGCAAGAACCAGUUUGAGCUGCCGCCGCACAUCUACGCCAUGGCAGACACGGCCUACCGGUCCAUGAAGGAGGAGAACAAGGACCAGUGCGUGAUCAUCACGGGCGAGUCUGGUGCCGGCAAGACAGAGGCGUCGAAGAUCAUCAUGCAGUAUGUUGCUGCCGUCUGCGGCAAAGGAGCGGAUGUGGACAAGGUGAAGGACCAGCUGCUCAAGUGCAACCCGGUGCUGGAGGCAUUUGGCAACGCCAAGACGAACCGAAACGACAACUCGUCGCGCUUUGGCAAGUACAUGGACAUGCAGUUCAACUACAACGGCGAUCCGAUUGGUGGCGUCAUCACAGACUACCUGCUUGAGAAGAGCCGUGUUGUGCACCAAACGGAAGGAGAACGCAACUUCCACAUCUUCUACCAGCUGCUGUUUGGCGCAGACAACUCAGUGUUGGCGCCUCUCAAGCUGACGCGCAACGCAUCCGACUACCACUACCUCAACCAGAGCUCCUGCAGCCGCGUUGAUGGCAUGGACGACAGCAAGGAGUGGCGCGAUGUGCAGGAUGCGUUUCAAGUCCUUGGGCUGAGCGACCAAGACAAGCAACAGAUUUAUUCCCUCAUCGCCCUCGUCCUACACAUUGGAAACAUCCAGUUUGAAGGGUACGACCUUGCGAACGGCAUGUACGCGUGUGCGCUGCAGAACAAAGAUGCGUUGGCGACGGCGGCGGGCUUGCUCGGCUGCAGCGAAGACGCACUCGAGGAGGCGCUCACAAAACGCAACGUGAGCACGCGGCGGGAGGUGGUGCAGCUUGAACUGGAUCACGACCAGGCGGAGAAGUCGCGUGACGCCAUGUGCAAGGCCAUCUACUCCCGCCUCUUCUCCUGGCUCGUCAAGCGCGUCAACCAAACCAUCUCCGUCAAGAACAGCCGCACGAAGCGCCGGACCAUCGGUGUUCUCGACAUUUACGGCUUUGAGAUCUUCCAGAACAACUCGUUUGAGCAGUUUAUCAUCAACUACUGCAACGAGAAGCUGCAGCAGAUCUUCAUUGAGCUCACGCUCAAGUCGGAACAGGACGAGUACGUGCGCGAGGGCAUCCCGUGGACACAUGUCGACUACUUCAACAACGCCGUCAUCUGCGAGCUGAUUGAAGGGCGCGGUUGCAUCAUGUCCGUGCUGGAUGACAUGUGUCUGCGGCCUGGUGACGUCACGGACAAGACGUUUUUGGAAACACUCAACCGCACGCCAAAGGUGAUGCAACACAAGCACUACGAGUCGCGUGUGCAGCGCCAGUUCCUCUCUGACAACACGCUUGGGCGCGAGCAGUUCCGGCUGGUGCAUUACGCGGGCAAGGUCACAUAUGACGUGGAGGGCUUCAUCUCCAAGAACAAGGACUCCCUCUUUGCGGUGCGCUGCGCACGUGUGUGUGUGUGUGUGUGUGAUUCCUUCUCGACCCCCCCCCGUUCAUCUUGCGCCAGCGCUCGCUGCUCUCACCACUCCCUUGUGGGCACCUCUCCUCGUCACCACAACCCACCUCUACCACCACGGCCGCCGCCGCCGCAAUACCAAAAUUCACCCACCCACAACCACCGUGACCAGGUCCGCUAUCUUGGUCUGCUGGAGAACCUUCGUGUGCGGCGCGCCGGUUACGCGUUUCGAAUGGAAUAUGAGAAGUUUGUGCAGCGGUACAAGAUGCUGACGAAGCUGACGUGGCCCAAUUUCAAGGGCAACCCUCGCGACGGCGCCAAGUACAUUUUGGAGGACGGGUGCGACCUGACAAAGGCGCAAUAUGCGUUUGGGCGCUCCAAAAUCUUCAUCCAGAACCCGCGCGCCGUGCUGCAGAUGGAAGACCUGCGCCGUGCCCAGAUGAUUGUGCUGGCCACCAAGCUGCAGGCCGUGUACAAGGGCUGGCGCGCGCGCACCGACUUCCAGAAGAAACGGUCAGCGGUGACGCUGAUUUCGUCACGGUACCGCGGGUUCAAGCAGCGCACCAAGUUCCAGGAGACGCGCGAGGGCCUGGUGAUGAUCACGGCGUACUGGCGCAUGUGGCGUGAGCGGCGGCACAUUGCGCAGGAAAUGCAGCGGCUGGCGAUGGCCAAGGCGCAGGUGCUCAUUGCCGCGCACAUUCGCGGGUGGCUGGUGAGGAAACGCACGGCCAAGCUCUUCAGGAAGAAUGCGGGGCCCGUCGUGUACAACAACUUGCUCACCUUCCAGCGCAAGGCCUGGCUCAGGCAAACGGCGGCGAAUCUGCCGUCCACGUCCCCGCUGGCCCCCGCCACAAUCUCCAGCCCGCGCAAGUUCCUCGCUGCUGCUGAGGACAUGAAGGCGUUUUACCACGAGUGGCGCUGCCGCUUGUAUCGCGAUCGCAUUUCGCGCAAGGACGAGGAGGUUCUCCGCAUGAAACUUGUUGCGUCACGGCUGUUCAAGGGUCGCAAGGCAUCAUACCCGAUCUCGGUUGGGCAGCCGUUUGUGGGCGAUCACGUUGGCCUGCACGUUGGCGAGGUUGCCCCCAAGUGGCGUAAGGUUGCUGAGCAGACGAAGAGCAGCGAAGUGCUGUUUGCGCAGCGCGUGGAGAAGAUCAACCGCACCAACGGCCAUGUCGUCGACCGUGUCCUCAUCCUCUGUCCAACCCAGCUCCUGAUUUUGGAUGAGAAGAUGAAGCUCAAGUACUGCGUCGACUUGGCCGAUGUGGAGCAGCUGAGCGCAACGACACAGAGCGACACGCUGGUUGUCAUCCACGUGGCGCCGGACCGCGAGAAGAAGAGCACGGCCAAGGGCGACCACAUGUUCUACUGCCGCUCCCUGAUUGAGUUUGCGACGCGUCUGGACAUUGCCUACCGCAAGCACUGCAACGCCAAGCGGCUCAAGAUGACCAUCUCAGAUUCGUUUGAGAUCCAGAUUGACAAGCGCGGCACAACCACGGUCAACAUUGAACGCGGCGAAGCAGACGCACAGCAGACGCGCAUCCAAAAGUCGAAGCAUGCGCUGCGGCUGUUCAUCCCGCCUGCGCAGUUCAGCGAUCCACGAGACGAGCGACAACGCGGCGGGCGGGCCAAGGAGCGCCCGAUGUCUGUUGUCUACAGGGACCUCUCAGGGGAGGUGUCUGUGGCGAAAGCGGCGGCAGCGCGGCAGAAAUCGAGCACGCUGCCUGCGCGCACUGGCGAUCUCUCUGCACAGCUGGACAAGCUCAUGCUGGGUGCAGACGCAGAGGAGAACGUGGGGGCGCCCACCGCGGCAGGCAGAGGGGACAACAACGGCAGCAGCAGCAGGAACAACCACCGAGGCAACAACAACAAUCGGCACAACAGCAGCACGAACCAGAGCGAUACGUCGUCAUCACCGGGUGUGGAGUCGACGCUGCCAAAGGGUAUGCGCGACAACACGCGGCCCGCAGCCAACGGCCGGCCCUUGAGCGAGGUCGCCAGUGGCCCCCGCCACGCUCCACCACCACCCGGCGCACAGCGGACAUUGGCACCAGCACAUGCCGCCCCGACAAGCAACGGAGCGGCAGCGCAGGGCGUGCAUGCAGGCAAGAUGCGAACAGCGCCGCCACUGCCUGCUGCAACGCGUGGGCGUGGCGGGCGUGGCGGUCUGGGCGUAGCUCGGGGCCGCGGUGGCCGUGGUGGUCGCGGUGGCCGUGGUGGUGUACGCGGUAAGGCGCCAGUGGGGCCGCCACCGGGAGCAGUGCGUGGCCGUGGGCGUGGGCGUGGCGGCGGUAUUCACCGCGGCCGUGGGCGUGGUCGCGCCCCUCCACCACCGCAUGUGCGACGGGCAGGGCCAGCACCGCCACCACCGGUGUCAGCAGGACCCGUCAGGGAGGACACGUUCUGAUGGAAGGAAGGAUUGACUGAUUGAUUGGUUGGUUGAUGGGAUGAUGAUGAUGAUGAUGAUGAUGAUGAUGAU